AUGGCUCAUCUCCGAAUACUGCUGUUUCUUCUGCUACACAAAACAUGUGUAUUGCUUCAGUUAUCUGCGCCUUCACCUCAACAUGCACUGAAUGGCUCAGAUAUCCUUCUCCCUUGUAUAUUUACUGUUGGAAAACCCUCUAUUGAACUUAAAUUCCUUGCUGUAUUCUGGUACUUUAAUGACAAAGAGAUCCUUAGAUAUGAUAACAAAGGACUGAGCAAAUAUUCUACAGGAGUAUCAUUUAAUAAAGAAGCUGCAAAGGAUGGUAAUGUGUCUCUGACCCUGUCAGAUGUAACCAUCUCAGAUGGAGGAACCUACAGAUGUGUAGUGAUUUAUAGUCCAGAAAAAGAUGAGAGAGACAUCAAGCUGGAGAUCCUAGUUCCACCUAUAAUCACAAUUCCUAAUAAGGUAAUUAUUAGAAAUAAGGACCAUAUGCUACACUGCUCAGCCAUUGGAUUUUAUCCAGCUGACAUUAACAUUACUUGGCUUGGAGAUGGAGAAAUCCUACAAAGGUCACUCUUGGGCAAAGUUCACCAGAACUUCAAUGGUACCUACAAUGUGGACAGCACAGUAACAAUAACAAAGAAUCACGAGAAAAGGAUGCUGUCCUGCAGAGUUCAACAUGCAUCCCUUAAGGAGCCUCUUCAGGAAGACUUCUAUCCAGUUUAUAUAGAUGAGCAACCUAUUGUGGUUAUUGUGGUCUCCUGUGCCGCGGCUGUGGUUCUAGUUGGAGCUGUGACAGGUGUUAUACUACGGUUUAAAUGUCGCCAGACAAAAGCUUUACAGAGUAUCACUGUUAGUGACAUUAAGGGACCUCUGAAGAUGAUUGAGGGAGAAGAGGUGACACUGUACUGUACUGCUACCAACUGCACUGGGGACAUGCAUGUGAAAUGGUUCGAGGAAAUAAAUGGCAGUGAGAGUGAGAUCCCACACACUCAAUCACAAGAUGAAGAAGAAUCAGAGAAUUUGUUGGGAAGAUUAUAUGUGGUCACAUUAAACCGAGAAGGACAUAAUGAUCAGACAUCAUCAAUUAGGUUUAUACCAUCUGUAGAGAAACACAGAAAUGUGACCUUCAGCUGUAGGUUUAACUAUGCUGGCAAAACCAGAGAGAAGAGGUUCCUUUGUAACACUCUAUGUGCAAAACCUCAGAUUUUAGAGCCUGUUAAACAUAUUCUUUGUGCCUCUGGGGAGAUUCUGUAUUCCUUGAAGUUACAGAAGUUUUAUCCAAAAGAUAUUUGCAUCAGCUGGACAUGUGGAGUAGGAGAUCUACAUAAUACAAUAUUAUCUAAAGAAAUAUCUGAAGAAAACCCUGCUGGAAGAUUUAAUGUUUGCUCUGAAAUCAGAAUUCCUGGAGAUCACUUCAAAGAUCCAUCAUUUUCUUUAUAUGUGACUUGGGAACACAAAUCAUUGGAUACAGCUGGAAGCAAAUAUCUAACUAUAAAAGAUCAAGAAUUCACAUGGACACCAAAAGUGGAAGAAAUACAGACACCUCUAAUGCUCCAUGAAACACCGGUCACCCUGCAAUGUAACAUCUCUCUGUAUUUCCCAAAUGCACUGACUGUGAGAUGGCUGAGAAGAGAAGAAGGAAGCCAGGAAUUAACUGAAGUGACUGACAGACCUGAUAUAAAGUCACACAGAGAUCAGGAUAACACCUACAGCUGCACAACCAGCCUGACUGUCACCCCAACACUAAGUACAGACCAAGGAGCAGAAUAUAUCUGCAGGGUACUACAUCCUACACUGGUGCAGCCAAUAGAGAGAAGCACAGGGAAGCUUAUUGUAAUGGCAAAACCUCAAGCCAUGGAGCCCAUUAAGAUAGAAUCUGGUGCAUCCUCACGGGUUAAAUUCUCUCUAAACCUGCAAAGAUUUCACCCUAAUGAAAUUGAGAUCAAAUGGAAGCAUGGAGAUUGUCUACAGCAUUUUAAGGAAUCUGAAAAAAAAAUCAUAAAUACUGAUGAGACAUUCAGUGCUUUAAGUGAGUGCAACUUUCCUGGACAUCUCUUUAAUGAUCCAACAUAUAAAAUUGCUGUGAUUUGGAAUCAUGUGACCAUUGAUAAUCCUGAAUCCCGAGAGCUGUCUGUAAGAGAUUUCCCCUGGAAACCACAGUUACAAGAUAUAAUUGUACCAAGACUAGAAGCAAACAAGAAGGCCACAAUAAAAUGUAACAUUUCUAACUACUUCCCUGAUAAUCUAACUGCUGAUUGGUUAAUAAAGGAAACAGGAAGUGAUGUGGAGUCUGCACUGCCUGAUGGUUAUCAUGUUUCAGUUAGGGAGAAGCAUACACAGGAGGAUGGGACACUGACAUGUCAAACUUGUGUGACAUUUACCCCAAAUACAAAAAAAGCACAAAUUGUAGAAUUCAUCUGUAGGGUGAAUCAUCCCACACUGGAGAAACCAAAAGAGAGAAGAACAAGACCCCUAAUAAUAGGUGGUUCUAACCUCACUGAGGAUGAAUUCAAAGUUAAUGUUGCUAAGUCACAGAACCAGAUCUAGGAAAGCUACAAUAACCUACCAUAUAGAAAAUAUGCUUUACUGCAAGAGAGACAGACAUGGCAAUGCUUUUUCAUGAACUGACCUGGGGUGACCUGGAUUCAGCAUGAACUCAAAGAACUCUUUGGACAUGAAGAUCAUUAUAAUUACAUGCUAGAAUAUUUUUUAUACUAUAUUUGCUGUCUGAAUCAACUACUUAACAAACAUUUGUGUCACCUGUGCUGAACUAUAUACAUUAUUGAUUCAUUCAGAAGAUAUAUACAUUUCCAGUAGUGUGCCUCAGGCCUGGGCUCUGGGGCAUGUUUAAUUUAAUAUAUACUGAUGAAUUCUGUGAGACUAGAUAUUUUGUCACACAGUGCUAGUAUUAAAUCACUUUACUUAAUUCACUAUUACUCAUUUAGUA